AUGUCUUCGACAACAUCACAGAAGUUUCGUGAUUUCACGGGCGAACCAUUAAAAGACAAGCUUCUUAGUGAAGUACCUGGUUUAGGACCAAAAUUAGCAAGUCAUUUGGAAGGAGCUGGUAUUACACGAGCUUACGAAUUGUUAGGUGUUUAUUUGACAUUGUUGAAGAAUAAAGAAUACUUUGAACUUUGGAUUCGUGACAAUGCUGGGGCCAAUCGUCAUCAAGCGAAACAAUGUGCAGAUGCUAUCGAUGCAUUCUGCUCACAAUUUCUCUAA